AUGAGCAAAUUAUUCGACUGCGCGAGUGAAAACCACCCAUCGCAGGCAAUUUUAGACGAGACGAGAGCGAAAGAUGUCCUGUACGUGUAUCUGCAGUCGUUUCGCUUAAAGGAGGAUGAGAGCAAAAAAUCGCCUAAAGACGAGGACAAAGGACCGCCGCGGUUGAGCGAAUACAAGUGCGAACUGAUGAUGCGGAAGAAAACGGGAGGGAGAGGAAAUAAAGAUACAAACAACACGAGCAGUACAAAUUCAGAAUCAAUCGUCGUCUCGGAGACGAACGAUUACAGAGACGAGUGGAUCUCGUUAGGGACGAAGGAGUUUUGCUGCGGCGUGAGCGGAUCGCUGGUGCCGUAUCUACCGCGAGCGAAUUCAAACGAGAAGAACGAUACGAUGAGCUCAAUAAUGAAACCGAUGAAUUGUGCGCCGGUGUGGCCGAUACCAGGUGCGGUAGAACUGUCCACAGCGUUUAGGGUGAAAGUGUUUUCGAAAGACAUGGAAGAAGAUAUUGCGGCGGGAGACACAGACGAAGCAGCUAAAGAAGGCAAAAAGAGAGAUGAGAGCGAACAAGGAGCAGCAGCAUCGGCAACAGCAGCAAUAACAACACCAACAACAAAGGCGACAAAUGCAACAGUGAACGCGCUGGUCGAGGAUGCCAAGAAAUCUUUUUUGGAAGAAAACGGGCGCGCGUCGCCGGAUCUCAUCAAGAAAAGCAUGGGCGAAAGCGGCGAUACGGAAGACGCGGAGGAACCGAUGGAAUCUUUAUUAGUCGACCCUCGUUUGGAUGAAAUUUUUAACGAAAACAAAAAAAGCGACGGAUCGCUCGGGUGUGUAUUGUUCACGCUCUCGACGCUUUUGCCGCCCAGAAACGACCGCGAAAACGCCGAAAAGAAGACGUAUGAAGACAACGAUACAUCCAGUAGUACGACAGCUGGAACAGCAGGAGCAGCAGGAACAGCAUCACCACCACCACCAACAACACCACCACCAACAACAACCAACGACUCGCCGACGAUGGGAGGUCGUCGCGACUCGGGUGAACUCGUCGUUCUCGACUCCAAGGUCUGUUACUUCGACGUCGGCUACCGAGGCGUCGUCAGCACUCUCGCCGCGGCCAAGUUCACCGACUGCUUCGAAAACCAAGGCGUCUCCUUAGACUCCAUAACCUGCAAACACUAUUGCAAAGAGAUGAAGUUGGAUUCCAAAGCUAUACAGGCGUACACCAAGGGUGGGUUUCUAUCCGUCUUGAAGCUGAAAAAGAUGUUAGAUCCGAGCUUAUCGCCUUACGCGUCGCCGUCAUCGACUCCGCGGAGACUGUCGUUAGACGUCUUUCGGAAAUCGAUCGAUCGAGAGAGAUAA